AUGGACGAUAUAGAAAAACUGAGUUGUAAGGAAGAACUGGAGGCGAGUGAUGUUGAGCAUUCUGCUAACGAUGAACUCAAAGAAAUUGAGGAGAAGAUAACAAACAAAUCAAAAAGGAAAAGAAGACGCCGCGAGGUUGAUAUGAUAAAGUUGUCUGAUGAAGAUGACUCGGAUGACGAGGGCCUGGCCAAAAAGCUGAUCCGUCGGCUUAGUCCAGGACCCAACUCACCUGCUUCUGCUUCUCACAGGGAACCUCGAACCUGUGUUCUUAAGGCAAGCCAAAAACGACGCCCACUGUCCCGCCUCUUAGAACAACUACUCCGCAACUUGGAGAAGCGGGACCCACACCAGUUCUUUGCGUGGCCUGUGAAUGACAACUUUGCACCAGGAUAUUCAGACAUCAUCAGAAAACCUAUGGACUUUUCCACUAUGAAGCAAAAGAUUGAUGAUAAUGAAUACAAAUCAUUGAACUGUUUUAUAAGUGAUUUCAAAUUAAUGUGCAAUAACGCUAUGAAGUACAACAAAGCGGGGACAGUCUAUCACAAGGCAGCCAGAAGAUUACUGCACGCAGGGCUCAAACAGCUUACUCCGCAGAAACUCCGACCUCUGGGCAACAUAUUAACAUACAUGUAUGAAAUACCUAUCAAGGAACUCGGCUUCGACAUCGGAAAAAUGGAUGUGCACAAGGUGCUGAAGAGGAGCAGCCCCUUGAAGAGUGGGGGGUCGGAGGCUGAGACGGUGUCUGAUGGAGGUCAGGAGACGCAUUGCGACAGCGUCAAGAUACAGAUGGAGGCCGCCAGGGAACAGCAUAGGCGACGAUUGGCUAAGAAAGCAUUCCCCCGUAUGGAUGCAGAGGGCAAGACCACGCUGUGUCUCGUUACGAACACGGCGGAGGGCUCCGGGGAUGACAAGCCGCUCACGCUAGGCCGAUACGUGGGCAAACUCACACAGGGCACUGGCACCUUGUACACUCCCAGAGAAGACCGCCGUAACGUCGCCAAAGGAGUCAAACCUCUCAACUAUGGACCGUUUAGUUCAUACGCGCCUUCAUACGACGGGACCUUCGCCACGCUCACUAAAGAGGAAUCCCAUCUUCUGUAUCACACGUUGCCUGCUGAAACAGGGCAAGGUAACGAGGAGAUGCUCCGCUUCGCCCCCGACUCCCCCUGGGCGCUGAUCUACGACAUGGAAACUCUCUUCCCUGAAAAGAAACAACAGCAGGAACAAACACCGGCCAAGGAAGACAACGAUCUGUCGAAGGUGAAGGUGGAUAUUGAUCAGCUACGCAGUCUGUCGGAGCUGGGUAUCGACGUGGAAUAUCUGAACGAGCUGGAGGAGGACAUCGCGGCCUCGCAGCACGACUACGGCAUCGGGCCCGCGCUCAAGCACACGCACGAGCUGCUCUCCAAGCUGGAGAAGGAACAGAGAGACCGGCUGUCGGCGCCGCCGCCGUGGCACCUGUCGCUGUCGGCGCGCGCGGGCGCGGCGGAGCGCGAGCUGGCGCGGCUGGCGGCGCUGUGCCUGCGCGGCAUGCUGGCGCGCGUGCCGCCCCGACACGUUGCGCCGCUGCACGCGCUGCGCCGCGCCAUGGGCGUCACGCUCGACCACCUCGAUACCCCGAUGGCGGUUGAUGACUUUGAGCUGGAGAUGAACGAGCAACGAGACGCGGUGUCGGAUCCCGACUCGCGGUCGAGUCACGAUAAAUAA